AGGUUUAUACUGGGAAAAAGGAGAGGUUUAUUUCUCAUAAAGGGUAGCAACCUGUUGGGCAGCCAUUCCAACAGGCUGGGAAUCAGAGCCCUGUCUGAAGCCAGGUACUUGUGCUUUAAAGAAGAGACAAAAAGGAACAAGAUUAUAUAUUGAGCAAAGUGGUCAAAUAUACAUAUUCAAGAAGGUAUAGGAAGAGUCAUGAAUAUUUAUGAAGGCAAAUCAUUCACAUGUAAUUGUGCUUUAUGUACCCCAUCCUGUCAUGGCUAGGAACUCAGUUUUAAGGUGUUUCUGGGUCAUGUUAGCCGAGAGGGGCCCAUUUAGUUAGCACAGGGCAUAUUAUUUUAUUCCUAGUUCACAAAAGUUAGUAUACUAAAAAGAUAAGUGGUUCUUUUUCCUGUUUUAAAAGCUCUCAUAGGUUUUAUUGAAUUGUAUUGAAUACCUAAUAUUGAAUUACUUUCAAACUGAUAAAGUUAUAUUUCCCUUUUGUUUUAAUACAGAGAUGAGUGAUUCUAGAAUUCUAGGAGGAAUUUUGAUGAGAGGUUUUUGUGUUUGUUUGUUUGUUUGUUUGCUUUCCAUAUCCCAGCCAUUUCCUUUUUCUAUAUAGCAAAAAUAGGCAUGAUUGGAGAAACCCUAAAAUUUCAUUUCAGCAUAUUGGGUAGUUUCUUAAGAAUUCCUAUUAGAGUCCAUAAAUGUGUAUACCUUUAUAUGGUUUUAAUUGUUUAUUCCAAAGUUCUUUUUAGAAGUCUAAUUAAUCUUAGAACAAGCUUUGAGUCAAUGAAAUCAUCCUAUUUAUUCAGGUCACCUACCAUAUAAAGGUCACUGGAGAGGACAAAUAUAUAUUAGACUUGCCUCUUAAGCUCAGAGAAGGCCUUAGGAAAAAUAGAAUAAAAAGGUCGAAAGAGUUUUCUCUUAAAUCAAUUUGGAUUUAAGAGAUUCAGAUUUACAAAUCACUUGAUUAUUCUGUUUUUGCAGUUUAUCUUCCCUUUAAAAAAAAGACAUUUCAAUUUUUGGCCUUUUAGAGCUAGUGAUAAAAGGAUUACCAUGAAUCCUGACUCCACAUGUGUCUUCUAAGGUCACUAAGGAUGCAGAGAAACUUUAUACCUAGAUAAUAUAACUGUAGAAGAAUAACAUUAAAAAAUAACAAAGUAACCUUUAUUUAGGACUUACUAUGUACUAAGUACUGUGCCUUAACUUUCAAUGUUAAGUGCUUAAAUUGAAAUGCAUCAUUAGGAGAAAUCCAUUGUAUCAUUUGAAUUGAGGUUACCAGAUCUCAUCAUAGUACAGUGUUCUGACACUAUUAUGAUGAUUGCAGAAUGUGGGCUGUAGAGGAGGAGAAGAACAUCCCCUUUGGUUUGGAAGGUUUGCUGAAAGAUCAACUCAUAAUAAGGAAGAUUAACAAGAGAAAGAGAUUACAAAUUUAUUUACUGUGCACAUGGGGAUAAUCAUAGAGUGAUUAUGUUGCAACCCAACUGGGUUGUAUUGCCGUUGCACAGAGAAGAGCCAAUAUACUGAGAUAGUGGGGGUUGCAAUGGAGAGUUUAUUCCACAUAGAGCUAAGUGGGGAGAUGGGAGAAAUUUCUCAAAUCUGCCUCCCCAAGAAUUUGGGAGAUAGGGUUUUUAAGGAUAGUUUGGCAAGAGAUUAGGCAAUUAAAUUUGUUAAUUGGGGCAAAAUUAUAGGGGUGUAGAAAUUAUUUCUUGUGUUGCUUUAGGUUGAUUCUUUAGUGUAGGCUGUGCAAUGAAUAAUAGUAAUCUUAGAAGGAAGGUGAAUAACUUAUAAAUAAUAGUGUAGCAAUUAUAGGCCCAUUGGCAAUAGGAGUGCCAGCAGAAGUUAAGAAAGCCAUGAGAUUUCCAAAUUGUGCCAACUGCAUGGCACACUCCAAAGGCAUAUUUGGAGUCUGUUUAAUCGUAGCUUUUCGUUUUGCCAAUGUGCAACCUCUAAUGAGGGCUAUGAAAAAAUUGACUCAAGGCAUUUUGGGAUGAGCUUUUGAGUGCCUUGAAAUACUUCACGUCCUAAAUAAGAAACAGUUGUCUGUACCCACUGGAGCUUAGUUCUAGAGGCUUUAUGGCCUCGUUCAGCUAGAGUCUUUAAAAGAAUGAGGGAGUCUAAGAGGGCCCCCUUUUUAGUCUGGUUAUAGAGCAAAAGAUCGUCAACAUACUGAACAAAGGUGAAUCCUUGGGUAAAGGUUACAGAGUCUAAAUCAGCUUUGAGAAUUUGUGAGAAUAUUGUAGGAGACUCACAGUAUCUCUGAGGUAUUUGGGUCCAUGUUAAUUGUUUCCCUUUGAAGGUAAGUGUAAAGAGGAAUUGUGAAUCAGGGUGCAACAGAAUCAAAAAGAAUGUUGAGCAGAGGUCGGUUACUGUAUCAUUAAAGUUACAUGAGCUAAAAGGCAUUUGAGUUAGUUUCUAGAUAAAAUAUUUGAUUUAAGUGCUUUUUAAAGCUAAUUAGAAUUCUCUUACAUAUUUUGGUAGUGAAAUAUCAUGACAUAGACACACAGACAUACACAGACAGAAGCAUAUGUUAUAGCUCUUAUAAAGAAUUUUUAUUUGUCAGCUAUUAAAUAUCAUAAUGUUUUAUUCAGACUAUCAAUCUUUUAAUUAUCUAUUUUAUUGUUCUAAGGGAUUAUUAGCCAGGCAACAAUUUGCCCUUAGUAAGAUUUUGCCAUUUAUGUAAGCAUUUGCUGCUUCCGGGGCCUAAUACUUAUACAUGUAUAGGUAGGUGUAGCCAGAAAGUAGAGUACUCAGUUCUUCUGAAUUAAGGAUCCCAUGUUUACCUUGAAUCUUGGCUUUGGCUCUCAGAUUUCUGUGAUUAACUUCAGCAAUAAUUUUUACUUACUCAAGUGUGCGAGAAAAAGGAACAAAGGGAAAGAACACCUAAAUCUCUGUGAAUUUCUGAAAACUGGAGUUCACACUGCCUGUAGUAUUGCCACUUACUGUCAGUUUCUGCCUGAACCAGUCAGAUAUCUGAGUCCUCCAACUAGAUCUUAGCCAGUUAAUAAUUAGAUCCAAUAUGAUCCCCAGCCCAGUUCAGUUUCUGUCGCAACUUCCAGACACAGAAUAAAAAAUUUGCUCAAACAAACUUGGAGAGCUCAAAACACAAAUCUGUGGAGCUUUGGAAUCUAAGAGAAAACUUACCCAUGAUCCCCGGUUGCUGUGAGAGCAAUGGAUACAAUGGCCCCAGCAAGUAUCAUACUUGGUCACUUGGUGCUCCUGGGCGGGUCUCUAUGAGCUCUAUUUCAGAACUCACUUCUGACAAAUUAAAUUUAAGAGUUUAAUUGAGCGAAGAAAAAAUUGGGCAGCAGAACCAGAACAGGUUUAGAGAAACCACAGUGUUGGCAUGUAGUUGAAGAAAAUUCAUGGACAGAAAAGAAAAAGUGAUAUACAGAAAACAGAAGUGAGCUAUAGAAACAGCUGGAUUGGUUAAAGCUCAGUGUUUGUCUUAUUUAAACAAAAUUUGAACAGUUGGGAACCUUCAAUUGACCAAAACUCCAUGACUGGCAAAUGGGAAGGAGUAGGGAGGAGUGAAGAUGAAUGGAGCAGACUUUAGCCAGGACAAACAGCUGAUAUUUUUGCUUUUGAAAUUUUUAACUAAAGUACCCUUUUAAAUGAAACCAGUAAGCCUUAAUCAAGUUUAUAGCUUAAUCAAAGAAGCAUACGUCUGAAGAAGUAUGGAACAGUUUUGGGUAAGAUCCAGAAAAGCCACAAAAACAGCUCAAAGAAAGAAAAGUCUCACUAGCCAUAAACCAGGUAUAACCUACAUUUUUUGUCCAGCCAUAUUAUCUAGGUUCCUAGCUUUUCAGCUGAUCAUUUAUGCAUAAAUGUCUAAAAACCCCAUAUGCCCCCACAGAAUACUAGAAAUCAAAAGCUGUGCACAAAAGAAUACUAGAAAUCAAAAGCUGUGUACAAUAAUCAAUAAAUGAUAAAAGUUAUACAAAUAUCAAACCAGAAGACAUUCCCUGCCUGAGAAUCAAACCUAGGCUAUUGAGGUAUAGGCACAGAUCUUUAACCAGCAGGCUACAAAGGAAAGUUGCUUUUAUUGUUAUUCCUGCUUGGGCAAUAUACAGAGCAUUUUUACCUGUUAGGUCUGAUUUUGCUCAAUUUUAUCAGAGAAUUUUUAAGGCUGGCAACAUUAUGGGUCUUUUUAAUUGUUUAAGAGGUCUCUAAAUUUUAUUUUGAAAAAUUUAGAAGUCUUUUAAAGGGUCCAUUUAUUGGCCAUUAUUAAUUAGAAUUCUCAAUGGUGUAUUUACUCAAAAAGUAACUGAGUCCAAUAAGCCUUUUCAUAGAAAGCCCAGGUAGUAAUUUUCUAGAUUUAGAGUAAGUUUUUACUAUAUAAGCAAGAGGUGUUCUUAGAGAGGCCGUAGAGGAGGCAAUUCCCAUGAUUCCCAGAAAUUCACUCUCAGAAAUAGACUUAAGAUAGACAAGAAGGAUAGCACCAUAAGACAAAGACUCCCCUAAAGUUUGACACAUUUGGUGCCGAAAGUGUCCUGCUUAGAAUCUUACAUGUCCCAGACUCCCAGUCUUUUCAGAUUGGCCACCUAGCAUGAUCCCUCAAAAAACAUGUUCCUCCAGAUGACAGAGACUGAGGGAGAACAUUCCCACUGAAUCACAAGACAAGCUCUCAGGGACAUGAAACAAGACAAGAAGGAAAAGGAAACCUUGAUAGAUUGGUGUGAUGAAAAGGAACUUAACUUGAUAUUAACAACUGGAGGAACAGGAUUUGCACCACGAGAUGUCACUCCAGAGAAAUUCCCACCAUUCCCAUUUUGUGGGCUCCAGAAAGGGGCCACAAAAGAAGUAAUAGAACGGGAAGCGCCAGGGAUGGCCCUGGCAAUGCUGAUGGGAUCACUUAAUGUUACACCUCUGGGCAUGCUCUCUAGGCCUGUAUGUGGAAUCAGAGGGAAAACUCUCAUAAUUAACCUGCCAGGUAGCAAGAAAGGAUCUCAGGAAUGCUUUCAGUUCAUACUGCCAGCUCUACCUCAUGCCAUUGACCUUUUACGUGAUGCCAUUGUAAAAGUAAAGGAGGUGCAUGAUGAACUUGAAGAUUUGCCUUCCCCUCCACCUCCUCUUUCCCCUCCUCCCACAACCAGCCCCCAUAAACAGACAGAAGACAAAGGGGUUCAAUGUGAGGAAGAGGAAGAAGAGAAAAAAGACAGUGGUGUUGCUUCAACAGAAGAUAGUUCCUCAUCACAUAUAACUGCAGCAGCUAUUGCUGCCAAGAAGCAUCCAUUCUACACCAGUCCUGCUGUUAUCAUGGCACACGGUGAGCAGCCCAUUCCUGGCCUCAUCAAUUAUUCCCAUCAUUCAACAGGCAGUACAGAUGAACGGAUUCCAGACUCCAUCAUUUCUCGUGGCGUUCAGGUGCUCCCACGAGACACAGCCUCCCUCAGCACUACUCCUUCAGAAUCUCCUCGUGCUCAGGCUACAUCUCGCCUCUCUACAGCUUCCUGCCCAACACCAAAAAAAUCUCCAUAUGCCAUCAGAGAUGUCCUAAAAGGGCAAAUUAGACGGCCGGAUGAAAGCAAAGGAGUUGCUAGUAGAGUUGGAUCCCUCAAACUCCACUCUAGAUUGGAAGGGCUUAAAGAUGAACUCUGGAGGAAUAGAGGCUACGACUUAAGAGUCCAGUCCAGGUGCAGCAGCAAGGAGAACAUUCUCAGAGCCAGUCAUAGUGCUGUCGAUAUCACCAAGGUGGCUAGAAGACACCGCAUGUCUCCUUUUCCUCUGACAUCUAUGGACAAAGCCUUUAUCACAGUCCUGGAGAUGACUCCGGUGCUUGGGACAGAAAUCAUCAAUUACCGAGAUGGAAUGGGGAGAGUCCUUGCUCAAGAUGUAUAUGCAAAAGACAACCUACCCCCCUUCCCAGCAUCAGUAAAAGAUGGUUAUGCUGUCCGAGCUGCUGAUGGGCCAGGAGAUCGUUUCAUCAUUGGGGAAUCCCAAGCUGGUGAACAGCCAACUCAGACAGUAAUGCCAGGACAAGUCAUGCGGGUUACAACAGGUGCUCCAAUCCCCUGCGGUGCUGAUGCAGUAGUACAAGUGGAAGACACUGAACUCAUCAGGGAAUCAGAUGAUGGCACUGAAGAACUUGAAGUUCGAAUUCUGGUGCAAGCUCGGCCAGGCCAAGAUAUCAGACCCAUCGGCCAUGACAUUAAAAGAGGGGAAUGCGUUUUGGCCAAAGGAACCCACAUGGGCCCCUCAGAGAUUGGUCUUCUGGCAACUGUAGGCGUCACAGAGGUUGAAGUUAAUAAGUUUCCAGUGGUUGCAGUCAUGUCAACAGGGAAUGAGCUGCUAAAUCCUGAAGAUGACCUCUUACCAGGAAAGAUUCGAGACAGCAAUCGUUCAACUCUCCUAGCAACAAUUCAGGAACAUGGUUAUCCCACAAUCAACUUGGGAAUUGUGGGAGACAACCCAGAUGAUUUACUCAAUGCCUUGAAUGAAGGGAUCAGUCGUGCUGAUGUCAUCAUCACAUCAGGGGGUGUAUCCAUGGGGGAAAAGGACUAUCUCAAGCAGGUGCUGGACAUUGAUCUUCAUGCUCAGAUCCAUUUUGGCAGGGUUUUUAUGAAACCAGGUCUGCCAACAACAUUUGCAACUUUGGAUAUUGAUGGUGUAAGAAAAAUCAUCUUUGCACUACCAGGGAAUCCUGUGUCAGCUGUGGUCACCUGCAAUCUCUUUGUUGUGCCUGCACUGAGAAAGAUGCAGGGCAUCUUGGAUCCUAGACCAACCAUCAUCAAAGCCAGGUUAUCAUGUGAUGUAAAACUGGAUCCUCGGCCAGAAUACCAUCGGUGUAUACUGACUUGGCAUCACCAAGAACCACUGCCUUGGGCACAGAGUACAGGUAAUCAGAUGAGCAGCCGUCUGAUGAGCAUGCGCAGUGCCAAUGGAUUGUUGAUGCUACCUCCAAAGACAGAGCAGUACGUCGAGCUCCACAAAGGCGAGGUGGUGGACGUCAUGGUCAUUGGACGGCUAUGAUGGUCACCAGAAGGAGAAAGCUUUGAUGCAUGUCCACAUAUCAUUGACUGUAUCCUGUAAUAUGCAACGGCACAGCUAGUUUUUCUGAUUUGGAUAAAAGUUGAUCUGUAUAGUCAACAUCUUGAACUAUAUUUCAAAUCAAUUUAAAUACCUUUUAAAGAAAAAAAAAUCUAAAAAUAAAUCUUAACAGACAACUCUAUUCUGAUUAUAUCAAAGCAAAUUUUUCCUUUCUUGCAAAUUGCUUUGUGUGUUCAAUGCUAGGUCUGAUAGCGAUAGCUUUUAGUAGACAGCGGUAGGUGCCUGCAGAACUUGUGUUUUUCCUCAUCUUUAAAAUACAACUACUUAUGCUCUUAAAUCAAGGCUGUCUGCUUAUUUAUACUAGCGUAGGCAACACUUGGAUUUCCCUUAGUAUGCUUCAUAACUGCUUUACAGAGAGCUUUUGCUUGUUCUUUAUCAUGUAUCUCGUGUUUAUGUGCACAGUGCCAAAAGAAGACUAACAGGGUGGAGGCCCUGCCCUGCCUCAAGAACCACACCCUGCGGAGCGUCCAGGGAGGUUUCUUACCCUAGUAGCCUCACGGCACAGUACUCUUGGGCAGUAUCUGGAUACCUUUUAUUUGAACAAACAAACUGAAGAAAAAAUGCUUCCUUAAGUGCUGACAGCCUUUUUAACCAAUACCUUUAAAAUUGUACAGAACAAAAAAAUAAAAUCAAAGACUGAUCUUGUACAGAUAUUAGUGUUACCAGCAUUCAUGUGAAAAUCAAGAGCAAAGACAAAAUAAUGUUAAACAACUCUGUACCAUAACAUUUUCUGUAAUGAUACUGAAACUUAAUGAAUAAAAAAAAAAUCCUUGAUCAUUAUUUAAAAAUGUA